UUAACCCUUACUGCCAUAACUUUUGUACAAAAAUGUUUACUGAAAUGGUUUAAACAAAUUAAAUAAUGAGUUAAAUUCGCGUAAUGGAUUACGAAUAUUCUUAAGAAUGAUGAUGUACCUGAUAUGUAAAUACUGGCCCUUUCAAGUUUCACAUGGCUUUAACAAUUAAUUAAAAAUGAAGAGAAGUACAAGUAAACAUUUAUACAAGUGUCUCGUUUUUACUUUCUCAUUAUCCUGUUUAACUGUUUGUUAUGCAAAGUCUGCGAAUGUUUCGUCCCGAACUAAGGUACAGGUGGAAACACCCUCGGAAUACUCCUUAAAAAAUGUUACGCUUUAUUUGAGUAAGGAAUUUAAUAAAAUAAGUGACGAAGAGUUGGGUCUUACAGUGAUCAAGGAGCUGUAUAGCAAGUUGAAGUAUACGAAGGCGAUGCAGGAUCUUGAUAAGGUUAUUGCGAAAAUUGCAAAUAAUCUAGAAAGUAAAUUAAACGAAAGUAUCUCAUUGUUGGUUAAAGCGAAGGAAAAGAUUGAAAAUUUGGCUAAGUUUCAUCCGUUCAUACAAAGUGCUGGAACACUUUGCGAUGACGGACUGUAUGGACAGUUCGAAGUGGUCACGGUAAAUUCAAAUAAUUCAUACUCAGAACUGCCCCUUUCUACAAAUCAAGUACUUCGUAAACAACUAGAUAGCGUGAAACGACUUAAAGGUGCCAUAAAGCAAAUGUACUUGUUGUCAAGGUGGGAUGUAAUAAGCAAUGCGCAGAAUUCCGUCUAUAAUUGUAACAUUCGCGAUGAGUCUUUGUUGUGGAAAUUGUAUGUGUUGAAGAAUGCAGAUUCUACACCUAGGAAUGUGAUGCUGUUGCUAGAUCACGGAGGGUCCUUAAGCAAGCAUCAGUUUCACAUUGUUAAAGCUGUUGCAAAGCAUAUGAUAUCAGUAUUAAACGGGAACGAUAAAGUUGGCGUGCUGGGAAUAUCCGACGAGUGGAGUUAUCCGUAUAUAACGGAUCAGUGUUUAAUGCCAAAUCAAAUUCCACCGGCAAGCGAUUCUCAUGUUCUCUCGCCUGCGACGGAUCACAAUAAAUACCUGUUGAAUAGAUUUAUCGAUUCGCUUACUAAAGGAAAUGGUGUUACGAACCAUUCUUUGGGAUUUCAACAAGCAUUUCAAACUAUUAAGUCGAGCAACAUAUCUGCAAACGAAUCUGUGAUGCUUUUAUAUAUAAGCAGAGGGUUGCUAUCUUCUUUAACCGAGGCCAAAACAGUAUUAGAAACAAUUUCAAGCAUGGUUGACGAGUUAGACAAUAAGAUACUGAUUAAUACUUGCGCAGUUAUAGAUGAAUCGAAACCCGUUAUGUACGAAACACAUUUUUUGCGCGAUAUCGCGGAGCAGAAUUAUACAAAGUAUAACAUCGAUGUACUCAGCAAUGUAGAGAAAGGUAUAAUGUUGUUAGUGAAUUCGAGCCAAGCUAUUGGACUGGCAGUUGCUCAAUUUUAUAAUAUUAUUAGCAGCGGGGUGUAUUCAGAGAAGGAACCCUCGAUUUCGUUACCUAUUUGGGAUCAGAUUUCCAAUGAUUUAACGGUAUCCAUCACCAUGCCGUGUGAUUUAAAUGGUGAAAAUAGUGUUCUGGGAGCCGACGUAUAUUUCUCAAACAUUGCCGAGGAUGUGACCUAUUACAGCAACUAUCACAGCUACAGUUAUGCAUUUCUAAUUGAUAUGCAAGGUACUGCUAUUAUGCACCCUUCCUAUCCACGACCGGCAUCUAUAAAAAAUCAACCGAAGUUUGUUGACAUUUUUCACUUGGAGAAGAUAACAAAUUUUACAAUCACGAAACAAAAGUUAUUAACUGAAGUGGACGGUUCUUAUACAUUGAAAGCAGAAGCUGAAGUGCUGCGAUUCAUAUGGAAAAGGGUGCUUAAUUGGUAUGUCGUUGUAAUUGUUGUAAAUGAAACUGAGGCUACACCCAUCCGACCAUACAAAGUGUCUUGGUUUCCAUCGACGGUCACCAGCAAACUUGUACACCAUCGUCUGGACAUUAUUCCUGGAACCAAUCUUUGUAAACACUUAAAUCAAAUUGCCACGUUAGAUGCCGGUUCAUUGUACCUAAGCUCAUCAUGCUUUCAAUCGCCUUUCUCCUACCUUCAUUUUUCAACGGGCGAAACCACAUCUUUACUGAUACAAACGUACAUGGCGUAUUUAAAGGACAACACAAGACUGUUGGCAAAUCCAGGUUUUAAGGAAGAAGUUCGCGAUGACGUCGUGGCGCUAGCCCAUAUAAUGGAGUUUCUACGACUGCAACACUUAACGGGCUCUCGAGCGAAAUACAUCGUGAGACGGUACAUUGUCACGCCGACAGGGGUAGUACAAAUGUUUCCAGGCAGCUUCAUACCUUCUGGAAUUGAACCAACGAAACGGGUUUGGUACUUAAGGGCAGUGGACCACAGGUAUAAAACAAUACUAACCCCACCAUAUUUGGACGCUGGAGGAGCUGGGUAUAUUGUUACAAUUGCGUUUGCAACUCAACAUGUAGUAACUGCAAUGGAUGUAACAUUCGGCUACAUUUACAAGCUGCUUUUGCAAAAUAUGCCGUUUUGUAAGGACGGUGUGAAGUGCUUCUUGAUGGAUGAUCGAGGCUACCUAAUUUAUCAUCCAAAUUUGAUAGAUCCUAAUGGUCACGGACCUAUAGAGCAACAGCAUAUUAUUCAUAAGGAGUCCCUAGUUGCAAAUGAUAUCUUGAAUCAUAAACACUUUGUGAAGAAAAUGUUAUGCAAUGACUAUGCGCACGGGACAAUACAACGUUUCUAUCGAUUAAAUACCAGCCUAAACGAAAUAUUAACUAAUGCAGUUCAUGGAGAGCACUGUGUCAAAUAUCAAGUUAGUGUAAUUGAAGGUACAAACACCUUUGUAGGUAUGGUGAAUGCCACGUGCGAAGUUAUCGCCACUUUCUGCCCGUGCAGUAUGGUUGACCGCCUCUGUUUAAAUUGCAAUAGGAUGGAACAGAAGGAGUGUGAGUGCCCAUGUGAGUGUCCAUUGGAGAUAGACACUUGUACCCACCCCAAUAAAACUUUCAUGGAGAACCCGCUAUGCGGAACAACUCCAGAACUUAGUUUGUUUGUUAAUUCCAUGUCUCACACCAAAUACCCCAACAACGAACUGAAAUCGUGUCUUCCCGUUUCGUGUGAACUGCAGUUGACAUACGAAAGUUGCCUUGGAGUUUUGGGCUGCGAGUGGUGUCAAUUAGAUGUUGACGGCGAGACUUUACUCACAAAUCCGUUUUGUACAUCGUUUACUACAUGUUUUAACGGCGUGCUGGGUUCAGUCACGCCUUAUGGUGACGCAAUUAGCGGCUCAUCGACAUCUGAUGACCUUCUCGGAUCUACCUACUCUCCAAUAGGACCCAUAGUGGGCUCAAUAGUGGGAGUCUCUUUAAUAAUCGGGCUCAUUUUUUUCUGCUACCGUUCAUAUAGCACUCCAUCAAUCGACCGUUGUUACUUCGCAUCCACGCAGGGCAACCAAGUGAGAAUGAGUGAUUUUAACAUGAGCGACGAAUUUCAGGAAAUUGACAACCACCAAGAUAAAUUGCUCCAAGAUACGAAGAAAAGAGAGCCCAUUUCGCCAUACUGCGUCUCCACUGGUUACAGAAGACCUCUAACUGCGGCAGAUUCCGAUCAUGGAUACUCAACUAUGACUCCUCAUGAUGAAUCUGAGCACUUGUCUUUUGCCCCAAUUGAAAUCGAUUCGCUCGAAGACGAUUGCAUAUCGGAUGCGACGUCCAUUAACACAUCCGUGUCUUCGAAACAGCCGAAGGCGAACUCCUUCGACUUACGAAAUAAGAUGAGGGUCCUGCCUCACCUAACAGAUUUGCAAAUGACCUCUGUGCCAAAUCGAAUUAUUGCCCCCGUUACAGUUCAUAGAAAUAUGGAGGUAACAUAAUGAACAGUUUUUUUUAUCGUGUUAAUUUUUACUAUUGUACUUAUUUAAUUGUUAAUUAUUCGUGUAGUUGUAACAGUUUAUUACCCGACAAUCAUAUAACCUUUGUGAUAUACCAAUAAGCAACGUGUGACUGAAACUAUUUUACAAAUUGUACAUAUUUUAUAAAUAAACAGUUGCCAA